AUGCAUAUGGACAUGGAUGGGAUCACAAUACACACGGCAGCAUGCUUUACCAUAGCAUUUUUGUUUCUCACCACAAUCAUCUCCAAGAUCAUUGCAAGAAUCAGAACCAUUCAUCUUACACGCAAAGGAAAAAGAUCACCAAUUACUCUGCGCCCGCCACAAGUUGUGAGUGGAGCUCCUCUAAUGGCAGCCCUGCUCACACUUGUGACGCCCAAGAAGGGUUUACAUGCUGCAAUCCAUGAACUACACAUGAAGAUGGGAAGUGUGUUCACAGUGAACCUUUUCGGGCUAAAGAAGGUGACAUUUUUGGUUGGGCCAGAGGUCACUCCUCAUUUCUUCAAGGGAUCACCAUCCGAGAUCGACUUCGGGGAUACAGCUAAGAUCUUUGUGCCCGUCCUCGGUCCAGGAGUUCUGUUUGGUGUGGACAUGGCUUCCAGGAAUGAGCAGAUCCGGUUUUGUACCAAGGCGAUACAGCCGGCGAGGUUGCGAAGAGAUGUUCAUUCCAUGGUUUGCGUAGUGGAGGACUACUUUGCGAAAUGGGGACAAAGUGGUACGGUUGAUUUAAAGCAUGAGCUUGGCCACCUAAUCGUGUUGAUCGCAAACAGAUGCUUGCUUGGCAAUGAGAUCAAAGGCAACAACUUGGAAGAAGUGUCGAGACUCCUCCAUGAACUAUUUGAAAACAGCUUGACUGCUAAGCAAUCAAAAGUACAUGACAGCUGCCAUGGAAGAGCAGAAGAAAAUCAUUGAGCAAAAUGGAGAACCCAUAGACUACACCAUCUUGUCAAAGAUGGAUACCUUGCAUUGCUGUAUCAAAGAGGCACUGAGGCUUUAUUCUCCGAGGCCAUUACUACUUCGUCAUGCACACAAGAGAUUC